ACGUAAUUCAUGUCUAAAACAUUUUAUACAAUAUUUGUUGCAUUUUUUGCUCAAAUUUCUAAAUUGUAUUCAAAAUAAAUGGUUUUGUACAUAACUGUAGACAGAGUUUGAGUUUAUUGUAAAUAAUAGUAAUUAUUGUGAAGAAGUAAUUGAAACCAAACCAUCAGAUCAGACAUGACUUCUGUCAUCGCCAGCGUUGGAACCGGUCUUCAGAGGAGACCAAACAAAGACAAGAGGAGUCAACCAAAUAAGUCCGGUUCUGUUGCCAAUCACUCGUCGGCCAACGAAUCCAAUCAAAACAAUCACAUUUCCGAUAAGAUUAAAGCCGACUCUAAAUUACAGCCAACGGCAGAACAGAUCCGAAUCGCGAAUCUUAUGAAUGAUAAGAUGGAUGACAACGACCUGAAGGCCAAAAUCGACCAAAUCAUUGAAUUGACGGGUUCUUCACGCGAUGACGCGGUUGUGGCACUUCAUGACUGCGAUAACGACACCGCAAAAGCCAUUGAUAUGAUCCUCGAGUUAGAGGGCGAUAGUCUCGACAGUCAGUGGCGCUCAACCGGCAAAAAGAAGAAACCGCCGAAAAGCGCGUCCAAUGCCAACACCGAUGAGAACCUUAAACCCGAUUCUAAUCGCGACUCCAAUAGAGGCGACCAGAAUAGGGAUGGGAAGCACUUGUCUUCUAAACCAAACUCUCGUCUCCAGAGUCGUGGCGGUGGACCGCCUCGUCUUCAAAGGGCCGCUUUGGCCAACAGAGGCGGACAACGAAAGCCUAGAGAACAGAAUAAGACUAAUGUGAGUGAGAAGAGUGAUAACACAGAAGACGCUGUUUUUAAGCCUUUAGAUCCGAUGGCUCCGCCUUCGAGACGAGGCGACAGAAGGGGUCGCGGAAGAGGCGGUUCCAGUCGUGGCAAUAGGGGUGCCUUCAGUGGUGGUGCCGGUCGGGGGACUUCGCAGAGAAUUUUCCAAAACCGGGGGAUUCAGAGUAACGAUGGAUUUCCCAACUCUAUCGACACGUGGACUAACAGUACUGCUGACCAAAACAACAGUAAAGCCACACUUUCGACGGAUUGCAAUACAAUGACUGUCGGCAACUGGUCUGACAUCGCAACCAAUGAAGACUGGAGUGAAGAGGACUGGGAGCCCAACCACAUGGAGACCAAAGUGUUUACGCCGAGCACUAAGAUUUCAGAGAAGGAGGAGAUGGAGGUUAGAGACCAUCCCUCCAAUCAGACGUCCGGUUUGUCGCAAUUCAUGUCAAAGCCAACGGUCGAUGCGAAUCAGUCGAUGAGUUCGCUGUUAUCGUCAAACGUGUCGCGCAAUCCUAACGUCGCCGCCGGACAGACACUUCUCCACCAAAUCCAACAGUCGAACGCCGCACAGAAUCCGGCACUGAAUCAGUACUCUUUGAGUUACAACAAACAGGCGACUGAAAGCAUCAAAUCACUGGUCGGUCUCAACUCUGGAGCCAAUUUUAGCGCAAACAAUGCGGACUUAUUAUCAAACAGUGAUCGAGAUUUAGAUUCAUUGAGCAGUUCUCAGCCGUCGGGUCUCUCCAAUAAGACGUCGCGAAUAAAGCAGACGCGACCCUCAAAAAUACCGGAAUCAGCGGUUGAGAUGCCAUCAAACGAUACGAUCGCCGCAUUGGGUGUCCAUUUCGGUACUCUUGAGUUCGGUUCGGAUCAGUUCUCAUUGGGAACCGAUUUCUCGGAUACCGUUAGUCAUGUGAAUAAAGCGAAAAAAGCGGACGCAAACAGUUUGCCGCAGAGUUCUAUGUUAUCGCAGUCCAGUGAAAGCACAUACAGGCCUUCCACUACCAGUUCCAUCAAAGACUCCAAUAAAGGGGUUUCGCCUAUAAUAUCGAAUCCAGUUCUCGGUGGACACCAAUCCAUGGCAUCGGAUUCACUGCUCGAUCGCAGCAACAAAUCAUCUGUUGGACAGUUCGCACACAAAGUCCUCGAGAGAAACAAUAAGUCUGAUUAUUCAUCGGUUCCUUCCCAGCAAAACGUCAAUUCGGCGGACAUUACCUCAAACUACAAGAACACGUAUUCUUCGGACACGUCCUACAACUACUCGACUACCACUCCCUCCAGUUAUUCCUAUUCGAACAGUCAAUCGGUUUACGGCAAUCCAGUGGUCGGCAAUUAUUCGACCAAUUUUUCGGGAACAAACAUUGGCAACACUUCCAACAGUUCCAAUCAAAAGCUUAGAGACAUGGACUCCGGUUCGCAACAAAAACAAUACGAUGUGUCCAAUAAUUCUGUCGGAUCUCUUGGUCUCAAUUCUACGGUCACUACAAAUGUGUUGAAAAAUACUUUGUCUGCGACCGGAAAAGGUGUUCAUAACGUUCCCCCCGGUGUUGCAACUCCAGUGCUGAGCACUCCAUAUAUUGUCCAAAACCCUGGUGUUCCCAUCUAUCCUAUGGGUAUACCUUAUGAUCUACAGUUUCAGACCACUGCACGCGACCACAACUUUGGUCCAUACACUCAACAAGAUGUGAAAUAUGGUCGCGGAUCCGAUAAUGAAGUAAUCCCUGCGUCGACGAGUCAAACGGGUGUUUCUCAGACACACAAUCAGACUUUUGUGAACACGUUUCCGCCCGGAUAUGGCUUUUAUUUAGCGCCAGGAAUUAAUAUGAUGCCGCAGAGCAUAUACCCAACCGCUGGGCCCCUCUAUCCUGUGCCUCAGCCCCAGAACACGGGUUCUGCCGGCUCUGCGUUUCCGAAGGCCAACACCACAUAUGGAUCUCAUUCCUAUAAUUCUGGUUACGAUUCCAUUUCAGCCCAAACACAAGAUUACGUGAAACAAAGUUAUCCCCAAUCAGUUCAACAGCACAACAAAGGCAUCACCGGUUCCAACACAUCCGACCUCACGUCUGGCAACACUUCUAUUUACAGCAAAAAUCAUUCGCAAAUUAAGAGUUACGAUAAACAAGGGUUUCAAACACAGACCCCAGCGUUCAAUCUGUCGGCCGGUAAUCAGUCUGCGGGUAACAUAUCGUCGUCAUACGGGGGCGCAUAUGUCUUACCUCAUUCACAACAAGCCAUGUCUUUGCACACAAUGUCGUCACUCCAAACAGAUGUGUCCCAAAACAGUGGAUCCGGAGUUUCAGGACAGAGAUCUCUAUCGCAAUCGCAUAAGAACUCUAACACUGGAGCCAACAGUUAUAACAAAUACAGUUGGAGUUAAGGCUUUGGCCCUCCACUCGAUUUGAACCCGUCGUGUACUGUAAACGAUACCUAAAACAACACUAUAUAUAAUGAUUACAUCAUUUGUCACUUAAUAAUACCUUUUUAUGUAAAUUAUAUUUGCUUUAAGUGUUUAUUUUAAAACCUAAUAGUUUGGAUAUUUAAUGCUUUUCAAAACCGAUGUUUACUUUAUUUGUAUAUCAGUACUAAACCCUAUAUAUUAUAACUUAUAUGUUAUAUUAAUAGCUAAACAAACUUCUCUCACUUUCAC